AUGUCCCUUGCUCCACGUGGAAACAACUCUCAUGAUAACGAAAUGAUGCAUCAUGCCCACAUAAUAUAAACCCCGCACAAACCUUCCUCCGUCCUUUUUUUGUUUUUUUUUUCCUCCUCCUCCACCUUCCCGACAUGUUAUAUCAGAGAAGGACAAUUUCGACUCAAUGAUAGUUCACAAGCUAUGGCCAUCUCAGGCUCAGAGACCCCAUCACAAGCCUCACCGCCAACGCCAACGCCAACGCCAACGCCAACGCCAACGCGGCCGCCGCCUCCGACGAUGGCGGCCACAGCAAAGGCACCUCCUUUGAUUGAAGUGGAGACUGCAAAAUGUGUUUCUUGUGGAUUCACAGAGGAAUGCACCCCUGCAUAUAUCCUCCGGAUUCGAGAACAGUACCAAGGGAGAUGGAUUUGUGGGCUCUGCAUUCAGGCGGUGAAGGAUGAGGUCUUGAGAGCAGACAGGCUCAUUUCCACUGAGGAGGCAUUGAAUAGGCACAUCAGCUUUUGCAAGAAGUUCAGGUCAUCCAAUCCCAUGAAGGAGACAGAGCACCCCAUCUUUGCCAUGGGGAAACUGAUCCGGCGCAGCUUGGAUUCGCCGAGGCCCCUCCGGUCAAAUUCAAGCAGCGCUUUGCAAGGGAUCGAUGCGGCCGGGAGAAUCACUAUGCCAUCACUUCUUCGAUCAGGGAGCUGCUUCUCUUCUAUAUCUAGUUGAUUGAGGUAUAAAAGAUAUAUCUAUAUCUAU